AUGAUUCUUUCAGCUUCAUUUUUCAUUUGCCUAAUCUGUCUGCUAACUUAUUCAUCAGCAUGCUAUAUUCGGAAUUGUCCCAUAGGAGGUAAACGAUCUGUCCAGGACACAGAUCUCAGGAAGUGCCUUGCCUGUGGCCCCGGAAAUGCAGGGCAGUGUUUUGGACCAAAUAUUUUCUGUGGAGAGAGGCUGGGCUGUUUCUUUGAUACUGCAGAAACUUUGAAAUGUUAGGAAGAAAUUUACUGACCUUCUCCUUGCCAGUCUGGAGGAAAAUGUUGUGGUUCUGAUGGUGGUAGUUGCACAGCCCCUGGAAUUUGUUGCAGCGAUGCAAGAUGUACUGUGGAUUCUACAUGUGACCAAGGAGGUGUGUUUGCCUGA